AUGGCCAAUACAGUUGAAGUAACAAGGGCGUCGGAGCUCGACGAGGGAACCGGAGGAUGGACGCAAGGUAUGGUUCGGAAAGGCGCGAUUGUCGACAAAUCGGACAAGAUCUGCUCUCUGGUGAUGCAGGCGCAGCCCCAUUCCUGCUCUGCAGUCCACCACCACGGCGACCAGGACACUGUUGUGUAUGUCGCGAAAGGUCAUGGUAGCAUUGUUUUCGAUGGGGGAAGACGGCGAGAAAACCUAUCGCCCGGUGAUUUCGCUCUCAUUCCUGCGUAUACUGAACAUCAGGAAGUCAACGAGUCAGGCCAAGAGGUGAAAUGGAUUAUCACGCGUACCGGACGAAAGCCGAUCACUGUCAAUUUAGAAGGAUGGGGUGGAGGGAGUGCCAAAUAA